GAAAGCACCAGAUUCCCCUAUCCAAACCCUUAUCCUACGCACAGUUCAGUCUAAACAGACACUUCCACUCUCUCAUCAAAAAAUGGCCGCCGAGUUACUUCCACCGGAAGGCCCAAUCACCACCGCCACUGCUACCACAACAGCACCCACCGCCACAGAGCCCACCACAACCGCAACAACAACAGCUCUAGCUCAAUCAGAAAACCGAGGGCCACCGCCACCAGCACUCAAACGGCAACGUCGACCAAGCGUCCGUCUCGGCGAGAUCGGCGACCAUCACCAUCAAACAGCAUACGAAUCGCACAUGCGACGCUCAACAAAGCUGCUGCAUCCGCAACACAACACGUGGCGCAUCCCUAAAGAAUCUUCAAAAUCAAUCAAAGCACGCUCUUUAACACAUCUCGUUAACGGGAACGACAACGAGAUUGAAGAACACGAGGUCAUUAAAAAUAGUCCAAACGGAGAGUUGAAUCUUGUCGAGUUCGGACAUAGAAGGAAAGCGAAGAGAGCGACAACGAAGAGAGUGAGAUCGAAUUGGAUUUCAUCGAAUUCAAGAAUCGAAGAAGGAGAUAAUAAUUUGGAGAAUUCAAAUGGAGAGGAAGGGUUUGUUCGGGAAUUCGAUCUUGAUUCUGAUAGUCCUACAAAAGACCAAAGUCCAGUCCAGUCUGCUGACAAUGUUGGUUUAGAUUUCUGGCACGGGAAUCGGAGAACGGGUACGGGCUCUGGUCGAGUUAGGGUUACAGAGAGUAGGGAAAAUGAAGGAAUAGAAAUGGAGAAUAAUGAUAACGAUAAUAAUUCGGAGCGAAAAUGGGAAGGAGUUAGGACUUGGCUGAUUGAGUUAGGUUUAAGUCGAUACGCGCCGGUUUUUGAGAUACAUGAAGUGGAUGAUCAAGUGUUGCCAUUAUUGACAUUGGAGGAUUUGAAAGAUAUGGGAAUAAAUGCGGUUGGUUCAAGAAGGAAACUGUAUUCUGCAAUCCAGAAGCUUCGAAAGGGGUUUCCGUGAGUUAUGAACUUUUCUAUUCUUUUUUUCCCCCUGAGUUUAUAUCUUUUAGUAUAAUUGGUGUAACCUUCUUUUUUAGUAUAAAAACCUCGGUCAUGGAUGAACUGUGAUAAUAGACAAAAAUGCAUGUCUGAGAUGGUUUGAACUAUAUCUUUUUUGACUAAUAACAAUGAUGGUAUAGUCUUGGAAUCA